CUCCCGCUCAGUGUUCAAGGUGGUUAUUCUUACGAAUGUUUUCUAAAAAAUAUCGAAUUUGAUGUAUUGGUUGCCAAAUAUUACCUCCGCAACGUAGAUUAAUUGCCUGAGAAUCAUAUUUUCGUCAGAAAUAAUUUUUUACGAUGAGUACGAAGAUUAUCAAAGCGAGCGCUGUGGAGCCUGAUCCCUUCGAGACGUCGAUCUCGCAGGCGUUGGUGGAGUUGGAGACAAACUCCGACCUGAAGGCUCAACUGAGGGAGUUGUAUAUAACAAAGGCUAAAGAAAUUGAACUCCACAAUAAAAAAUCAAUCAUCAUCUAUGUGCCGAUGCCAAAGCUGAAGGCAUUCCAGAAGAUCCAAAUUAGACUGGUCCGUGAGCUGGAGAAGAAGUUUAGCGGCAAGCACGUAGUGUUCAUCGGAGACCGCAAGAUUCUGCCCAAGCCCAGCCACAAGACGCGCGUCGCCAACAAACAGAAAAGGCCCAGAUCUAGAACAUUGACGUCAGUGUAUGAUGCUAUUCUGGAGGACCUGGUGUUCCCUGCAGAGAUAGUCGGCAAGCGCAUCAGGGUGAAACUGGACGGCUCACAGCUCAUCAAAGUGCACCUUGACAAGAACCAACAGACCACUAUUGAACACAAGGUGGACACCUUCCAAUCAGUGUACAAGAAGUUAACGGGGCGCGAAGUCACCUUUGAGUUCCCUGAACCCUACUUGUAAAAUUAGACUAUGACUUUACAAUAAAACAAAAACCGUAA